AUGGAAUUACUGCGAAGAUCGGGUCACAUUCCGCGGUCUGGAAUGUUGGGGAGGGCAGGGGAUGAGGACGAGGACGACAUCUUCUUGGAAGAAGACCUGCCAGAGGAGUUCAAGAAAACCCAGGUCGGUGCCAUGGCUCUGUUACAGUUGGUGAGUUUGGUCUUGAUCGUUGGUGCUUUAGUUUAUACUCUUGCGAUUCCUGCAUUGAAGCAUAAGGAUUUGUGGAAGCUCAAACUGUGGAAGUGGGAGGUCAUGGUCCUGGUCUUGAUUUGUGGGAGGUUGGUCUCUGGGUGGAUGAUUCGAUUAGUUGUGUUCUUCAUCGAGAGGAACUUUCUGCUGCGAAAACGGGUUCUUUAUUUCGUCUACGGCCUUCGAAAGGCAGUGCAGAACUGCCUGUGGUUGGGAUUGGUCUUGAUUGCUUGGCAUGCUCUAUUCGACAAGAAGGUCGAGAGGGAGACGAACAGUGACAGGUUGAGGUACGUCACCAAGGUGCUGGUGUGCUUGGUGGGGACUCUACUGUGGUUGAUCAAGACACUGAUCAUCAAGGUGCUGGCAUGGUCGUUCCAUGUGAGCACCUACUUUGAACGGAUCCAGAAGUCUCUGUUCAAUCAGUACGUGAUCGAGACGUUGUCGGGUCCCCCUGUGAUUGAAAUUUGGAGGAGACAGGAAGAGGAGGAGGAGAUUGCAUGUGAUCUCCAGACUUUACAGAAAGCAGAAGUGACUGUGCGGCCAGAUCUAAGGGCGGCGGCUUUUCCAACUGAAAGUGGGAUGGUAGUUGGGAGCGGAGGAGGGCUUCAGAGAAGUCCCCGAGAGAAGAACACCAAGCUCUCUCGGCUGUCGGGAAACAGCGAGGGAGGGAUCACAAUGGAGCACUUGCAAAAGAUGAAUCCCAAAAAUGUGUCUGCCUGGAAUAUGAAAAGAUUGAUUAAUGUCGUGCGGCAUGGAUUUCACUCGACGUUGGAUGAGCAGAUACAGGAUUCUUCUCAAGAGGAUGAGUCGGCAACAAUGAUCACGAGUGAAAACGAAGCCAAAGCUGCAGCUAGGAAGAUCUUUCGAAAUGUGGCUAAGCCUAAUUCAAAGUUUAUCUACUUGGAAGAUCUGAAGCGGUUCAUGAAGGACCAUGAAGCCUUGAAUACGAUGAGUCUUGAAGGAGUUGAUGAAUGCAAGAAUAUAAUCAGCAAGUCGUGCCUGGAGAACUGGCUGGUCAAUGCUUUCAGGGGGAGGAGAGCACUUGCCUUGACCUUAAAUGACACCAGGACUGCAGUCGACAAGCUGCAUCACGUGGUCAACGUCAUAGUCGGUAUCAUCAUAUUGAUCAUCUGGCUUCUCAUCCUGGGAAUAGCAACAAGCAAGUUCCUGUUCUUUCUCUAUUCGCUGCUCGUCCUUGUCGCAUUUAUUUUCAGGAACACCAGCAAGACCAUAUUUGAGGCCAUCGUCUUCUUGUUCGUGAUGCGUCCGUAUGAUGUGGGCGACAGGUGCGAGAUCGAUGGAGUCAGGUAAAUACUGAUGGUUGUGGAAGAGAUAAACAUCCUGACGACCGUGUUUCUGAGGUAUGACAAUCAAAAGAUUAUAUAUCCAAACAGCACUCUUGCAACGAAGGCCGUCGGCAUCCAAUACCGCCUUCACAAUCAAGAUUAGUUCCUCCAGCAUGGGAAAACGCUGGCUGAGUUGCUCAGCUGGUUCGACAAAGAGCUGCAUUCACCGACGGAAGAUAGGCAGUUGGCAUUCCACGUUAGCAGUGCUAUGCGGACCGUGUGUCAGACUCCGGCAAACCACUACUUCUUUGGCUAUGAGGUUUUCCUUUCUCAUUGAACAUAUUCAUCGCAGUUCAGUGAAAAUUUGGUUUCUCCAUCUAUCCCGUCACGUUUAGGCUCUUUUCCUAACUUGAUCUGAGGUAUACUUGUAAUUAGAGAAUGGGUUAUAUAAAUGAUGCUUUGAAAUUGAAGGGAUACGACAUUUUA